AUGAAAAUAGAGGAGAAUCGAUAUCAAGUAUCAGAUCGAACUCCGCUGAGGUGCGAGUUGUGUGAUUUAACAUUCACGUCUGUUGAAAAUCUCAAUGGUCACAUAAAUGGCCAAAAACACAAACGCAAAUUGAAUGCUUCGGCCACCAUAACUCCGGCACCUAACGGCUCCGUGGUCACCUCCUCAACUGACGCGGCACCGUCAAUCGGAUCUGAUCCGACUGUCCCGCUUGCAACAAAUAAUCAACCUCUCCACUGCAUAGCUUGUGACCUGACCUGUUCAUCGGUUGAGCAAUUGACAUUCCAUCUGAAAGGCAAACGGCAUGCGAAGAGAUGCAAAAGGCAAGCGGAAUACUGGGUCGCGGUCACUCAGGCUGCCAAGAAUUGUAAACCUCAAACAGACGAGGCAAGUCCAAUUAAGACCCCGAAAAAGCGAACAUUCUUUCGUCUACCCAAGACGUUGCCGGAAACCAGUCCUGAAGCGCUGUUGGAAAUGGAAAAUGCCCUACCUUUGUCUGGGAAUUGUUAUUCAAUUGCCAGUUUGCCGUUUUGCACGCUACCCAGUGGAAUGCAAACCACUGAAUCAGAACCGGAUAUAAAACGGGCGCGUUUGGAUCCGGAAUCGGCUAAUCCGUCUGAAGAGGAGUCAAAAACGGAAGCCACUACACGCUUUUGUGGUCAUCUGAACUGUGUCCUUGGUCGUGCUGCUAAACGCUUAAAUUCAUCACUGCCGCAUCGCGAUGCCCUGAGUUUACUACUAAAGGGUUUUCAUGGUGUCUGGUUCCCACGGAAGUUGUGCCUAUCAAAGCAAACUCCUCAACAGUGGCUAACUUCUGCCACAAUUACAGCCGCCUAUGUGAAAUAA